AUGUUGUCCCACCUGGUGUCCUCCUGGUGUCCUGUUGUCCUCCUGGUGUCCUCAUGUUGUCCCACCUGGUGUCCUCAUGUUGUCCCACCUGGUGUCCUCCUGGUGUCCUGUUGUCCUCCUGGUGUCCUCAUGUUGUCCCACCUGGUGUCCUCCUGGUGUCCUCAUGUUGUCCCACCUGGUGUCCUCAUGUUGUCCCACCUGGUGUCCUCCUGGUGUCCUGUUGUCCUCCUGGUGUCCUCAUGUUGUCCCACCUGGUGUCUUCAUGUUGUCCCACCUGGUGUCCUCCUGGUGUCCUGUUGUCCUCCUGGUGUCCUCAUGUUGUCCCACCUGGUGUCCUCAUGUUGUCCCACCUGGUGUCCUCCUGGUGUCCUGUUGUCCUCCUGGUGUCCUCAUGUUGUCCCACCUGGUGUCUUCAUGUUGUCCCACCUGGUGUCCUCCUGGUGUCCUGUUGUCCUCCUGGUGUCCUCAUGUUGUCCCACCUGGUGUCCUCAUGUUGUCCCACCUGGUGUCCUCCUGGUGUCCUGUUGUCCUCCUGGUGUCCUCAUGUUGUCCCACCUGGUGUCUUCAUGUUGUCCCACCUGGUGUCCUCCUGGUGUCCUGUUGUCCUCCUGGUGUCCUCAUGUUGUCCCACCUGGUGUCCUCAUGUUGUCCCACCUGGUGUCCUCCUGGUGUCCUGUUGUCCUCCUGGUGUCCUCAUGUUGUCCCACCUGGUGUCUUCAUGUUGUCCCACCUGGUGUCUUCAUGUUGUCCCACCUGGUGUCCUCAUGGUGUCCUCCUGGUGUCCCACCUGGUGUCCUCAUGUUGUCCUCCUGGUGUCCUCCUGGUGUCCCACUUGGUGUCCUCCUGGUGUCCUCCUGGUGUCCUGUUGUCCUCCUGGUGUCCUACCUGGUGUCCUCCUGGUGUCCUACCUGUUGUCCUCCUGGUGUCCUCCUGGUGUCCUCAUGUUGUCCCACCUGGUGUCCUCAUGUUGUCCCACCUGGUGUCCUCAUGUUGUCCCACCUGGUGUCCUCCUGGUGUCCUGUUGUCCUCCUGGUGUCCUCCUGGUGUCCCACUUGGUGUCCUCAUGUUGUCCCACCUGGUGUCCUCAUGUGUCCUCCUGGUGUCCUACCUGGUGUCCUCCUGGUGUCCUCAUGGGUCCUCAUGUGUCCUCCUGGUGUCCCACCUGGUGUCCCACCUGGUGUCCUCAUGUUGUCCUGUGUCCUCAUGGUGUCCUGGUGUCCUGGUGUCCUGUGUCCUCAUG